AUGAAGCAAAAAAUUGUCGGAUGGACGCCGGCAUGGCUCUCGAAGCCCAGCCCAGGCCAUACUGUCUUCUCUGCGGCUGCCAAGAGUGCCGACUUCAUUCCAUCACAAUCCAAUGGGUUAAAUCCCGCCAGCAAGAACACCGCGAAAUCUGGACCCCGUCGGACGAUUGCGCGUCGUGGUACAGAGGUCUUCGUAGCUGUUGGGAAGGAGAUACGAUGGGCGGAUCUGGUCUACAUGAAGGAAGCCUUCGAAGAGAAGGAGGGGAGCAAGAAGACUUUUUUGAACGGCAAACUGAGGGAUAGUGUCGCCAGCCAGUAUGAGGAGGACCACGCUCAAGGAUACCGGACUAUUAAAACCCAAGUCGCAGACGACAUUCGCCAGCUUAUAAUUUCUCCCUAUGGAAACUACCUCGCGAUCCUCACUACACAUACUGUCCACAUUACGCUCUUACCCGAAUCAUCCCAGCUCACAGCUUCUGAUACUGCGCCCUUGAAGUUGAAGUCCUAUACGUUAGGUCCUACCACGCACGUCACAUCGCAAGCGGGUAUAUCUUCAGCUCUAUGGCACCCUUUGGGCGUUAAUGGACUGUGUUUGGUGACUGUCACGCAAGAUGCUGUGGUUCGGGUGUGGGAGCUGUCCUUGACAGACAGGUGGUCAUUCGACAAGCCUACAUUGGCUAUUGACCUCAAGAAGUUGGCGGAUGGUCAGUCUGUAGACCAGGACUUUGGUGCUUCAGUAUCUGGUAUGAGCAAGGGCUUUUCACCAGACUCAUUUGAAAUGGAGGUGGCAUCAGCUUGCUUUGCAGGGAGGGGUAGCGGGGGAUGGUCGCCCAUGACCUUAUGGGUUGCUAUGAGAGAGGGCGACGUUUAUGCGCUUUGUCCAUUGCUCCCGGAGAAAUGGUCGCCUCCUCCAACUCUCAUACCCUCGCUAUCUGUUUCGAUCGUCGCAAAGGUCGCAGCCAUGGAGGAUGACCCAACGGUAUCCCACAAGUCAAAAGUUCUUGCCCAGCAGCAACUUGCCUGGAUGUCUGAAAUUGAUAACCAGGAGCCUAUACCUGGCGAAUCUCUACCCGGUGACCCCCCUGCGGAAGUGUACAGCCGGCCGUCCAAUCCUGGAAAAACACCCAAAUUGCAAGGCCCUUUUGACCUGGACCUGGCGGCGGAUGAUUCAGAGGAAGCUCUGGAGGAUUUACUGAGUGACAUUUAUGUCAUUGGAGGCAAGAUCGACGCAGACCAGCUGAUGUUCGGCGAGGAAGACGAGCUUGAAGUGGACGAAGUUGAUCGAGAAGGGUUAUCCGUUGGUGUUGUUUGCCUGCUCACUAACAGCGGCCGACUGUCUGUUUGUCUAGACAUCGAUGGCAUCGAAGCACAGUGGCUACCUAAAAAGAAAACCAAAGCCCGGAUAGCCCAUGAGGAAGUUGAUGUACCAUCUCUACUUACGUUUGAGGUCUUGGAAACACUGAAAAAGGACGAGACGUGGGAAGGGGAUUGGCCAGUCAUCAGUCACGAUGUGCUUUCCCGUUAUGCAUUCUACAUUACAAGCAGCGGCACUGUCACCUAUAUCUCUCUUCAGCCUUGGGCAUUUCGCCUCGAUGCCGAGUUGAAUGAUGCUACAGCUGGCGCCGAAUUCCGCAUCGACCUGAUGGCCAAGGCCGAAAAUUCGACACGGCAGCGCGUUUAUACACAAAAACCAAUUGAUCGCAAUUCGCCCCUCGCCGCUUGCUCUUUGAUCGACGACCCCGAUCUUGGUUACUUCCUCCUAACAGCAUCUCCGCGCGGACCGGUCUCGUUGAAUUUUGAGUCUCGUUACGAUAAGGCAGUAGAGGAUUUUCGACGAUCUCGAUCACUCUCAUCAUCCUACGAGUCGGAGCCUGAUAAACCUAUGGUACUAUGCCACCCGCGACCUGUGUAUGAACCCUCGUACGUUCUCGGCGUGGACUCUGCAUUGCCACAAUUGCUCGAGAGGCUCGGGCACAGCAAAUACAAACGAUUGCUUAAAGAGCCUGUGCGGCUUUCACCUGCUACGUUGCAAAUCAUGGCGGAAGCACACAAGGUUCUGAGCGACGAGACCCAUCGUAUCGGAACCGCGGCUGCAGAAUUGUUCCGACGCUGCACUCGCUUGCAGGUGGAGUUGAAGGAGCAGAUCCAGAAGGCCAAUGACGUUGCAGCGCGUGUAGAAGCAGUUACAGGCGAAGACGUUGAUGAUGGACCGGUGCUUUCUAUCAACGACCGAAUCGAGUCUAGAAUCAGCGCUGCGACGGAGAGGCAGAAGAACCUAACCGAGCGAAUUGAGGCGAUCAAGAAGAAAACCAACAAGGGCACAAAUCGAGAAUUGAGUGACAGGGAGAAGGCUUGGGUUAGCGAAGUACAGUUGUUGGAGAGCAAGAUAUUUGGCAACGGUGAGAAUGGGGAUUCCGGAACGAGGAAGGUGAAAGAAGCAUGGGAGAGAUACGAAGAAGUCCGAGCACUGAAGGAAGAGCUUCUAGAGCAGAUCGAAGAUGCGACUGCAGAGGACGAUAUCCCCACAACGCCCAACUUGCAAGUCCCCUCAGAGAUCCGGAAAGCAAAGAUGGCUCAGAUAAUGGGGCUGCUGGAUCGCGAAACUGCUAUGGUCGAGGCGGCGAAAAACCGGUUGGAGCGGCUGAGUCUGUCUUGA